AUGUCCAUAAACAGGCUUUUUCCAGCACUCUUGGAAUGUUUUGGUAUCAUUAUGUGUGGAUACAUUGCUGGGAGAACCAACGUGAUAACUCCUACUCAGGCAAAAGGACUUGGCAACUAUGUUUCCCGGUUUGCACUUCCAGCGUUGCUUUUUAAAAAUAUGGUUGUCCUAAACUUUUCAGAUGUCAACUGGUCGUUCCUGUACAGCAUCCUUAUUGCCAAAGCCUCAGUGUUUAUCAUAGUAUGUGUUUUAACUUUAUUGGUGGCACAUCCACAAACUCGUUUCAGCAAAGCUGGACUAUAUCCUAUAUUUGCUACUCAGAGCAAUGAUUUUGCACUUGGCUAUCCCAUUGUUGAGGCCUUGUACCAAACAACAUAUCCUAAAUACCUCCAAUAUAUAUACCUAGUGGCCCCUGUGUCCCUCAUGAUGCUGAACCCAUUGGGCUUUGUUUUCUGCGAGAUCCAGAAUUGGCGAGAGAAUCCCGGGAACUCCCAAGGCAGAAUGAAGAUUUUAGGACUUGCACUUCUUCGUGUCUUCCAGAACCCCAUUGUCUUCAUGGUAUUUAUAGGGAUUGCCUUUAAUUUUGCACUUGGACAGAAGAUUCCUGUUUACUUGGAGAAUUUUUUGGAUGGUCUAGCUAGUUCUUUCUCGGGAUCAGCUUUAUUUUAUCUAGGUCUUACAAUGGUUGGACAGACUAGCAAGCUUAAGAAAUCUUCUUUCGUUGCAUUGCUUCUACUUAUCACCGCAAAGCUGCUUGUUCUGCCUCUUAUCUGCAGGGAAAUGGUGGAACUGUUGGACAAGAGUAAUUCGGUGGUCAACCACACCAGUUUAUCGAACUAUGCAUUUCUGUAUGGAGUCUUCCCAGUGGCACCCGGUGUUGCUAUAUUUGCCCACCAGUUUAACUUGGAAGUAGAGAUUAUCACAUCGGGUAUGGUUAUCAGUACCUUUGUAUCAGCUCCAAUUAUGUAUGUUUCAGCCUGGCUACUGACUAUUCCUUCAAUGGAUCCUAAACGUUUAAUGUCUUCUUUGCAAAAUGUCAGCUUUGAUAUCGGCGUUGUCAGUUUGUUUGCCUUGGUUUGGUCUCUUGCUGUUUUGUUAUUGAGUAAAAAAUAUAAAAGACUUCCUCAUUUACUGACUGCAAAUCUGCUUCUGGCUCAACUGAUUGUCUGCAUUGGAAUGGUGUUAUGGAACUUCAUAAUACAUGAGAGAAAUGUGGUGGGACAGAUCCUAGUGUUUGUAAUAUUAUACAGUGCCCUCUACAGUACAUACUUGUGGACAGGUCUAAUCUCGUUAUCACUAUUUCUACUAAAGAAGAGAGAAUUUGGGAAUAUUCCUGUAGUGAUAAUAGCUUUAGCUGGUUGGGGCAUUCCUGUCUUAAUGGUGUGCGUCCUUCUGAGUGUAGGAGAACGUGAUCUAGACAACAUUGAUUCUGCUUUCUUUUAUGGAAAGUCUCAGGGGAGAGGAGAUAGUGCUCCGACAAUGGCUAGUAAUCCUGUAGCAGGGAUAUCACUCAUAUGUGUCAAUGGCCCAUCCUUCGUUGGUGCUCUCUCUUCUUACCUGGAGCCAUGCUGGCUGAUAAUGGGGAGCCAGAUCGUGUGA